AUGCUUGGUGAACUUCCAAGGGUACCUACACCCAAGAAGACAAAGUCCAAAUCGAAGGGAAGUGUUGUGAUUAUAGAACCCUCUGGUGAUGAGCAACAACAGAAAAGGAGAAAGGUUGUGGGAUUGUUAAAGAUCUUGACUGGCAAGAAGCAAAUUAAUAAACCAAUCAAGAAGAAGAAGAAGACAAUUGAAGUUACUAUUCUUGGUACUAAUAAUGAUUAUAAAGCUAUUGAAACAAAAGAUAUUGAUUUGUCGAAGGGACAAUCUAUGAUAUAUCAUAAUGAAGCAAAUACAGAUGAUGCAGAUCAUAUGAUCAAUGAUGCAUUUGUUAAUGAUACUCUACCUGUUUCACCACAAAAGGUUGCCACAGUUGAAUCUAAUACAAACGAGAUACGCAAUCCAGAUGUCACUGUGAACACAUCUAAUGUGGACACAAACAUCACAAAUGCUAAAACACGUUUGCAGUCUCUUGCUUAA